AUGGCUCUCUACCACCUACUCCAACCCACAACGAUCGCCUUUUCCAUCCUCAUCCUCACAACAAUAUUCAUCAUAUUUUCCUGGAAAUCAAAACAACGUCGCCGCCUCAACCUCCCGCCGAGCCCGCCGUCGCUCCCAUUCAUCGGCCAUCUCCACCUCCUCAAGCAGCCACUCCACAGAACCCUACAAACCCUUUCAACCAAGUACGGACCCAUCUUCUCCCUCACGUUGGGCGUCCGCAACGUGCUCGUCGUCUCCUCCCCAUCUCUAGUCGAGGAGUGCCUCAACAAAAACGACGUCGUCUUCGCCAACCGGCCGCACAGCUUCCUCGGGUGGAAGAUCCUCGGCUACAACUACACCGCCAUAGGAUCCGCACCGUACGGUCCGCACUGGCGCAACCUCCGCCGCCUCUCCACCGUCGAGCUCCUCUCCACCGCCCGGCUCAACUCCUCCCUCCACGUCCGCCACGACGAGGUGAACCGGCUGGUCAGCGGGCUGGCCGAGGAGGUUGGGUGGUCGGGCCGGUUUGGCCGGAAGGUGGAGAUGAAGUCGAGGCUGGUGGGCCUCUCGAUGAACAUUGUGAUGAGGAUGGUCGCCGGGAAGAGGUACUUCGGCGGCGGGGAAGGGAAGAAAGAGGGUCGUGAGGAAGGGGAGAGGUUUAAGGAGUUGAUAAGGGAGGUGUUUGAGCUGAGUGGCACGUCGAACCCUGUUGAUUUCCUGCCCGUGUUGAAGUGGGUUGAUUUCAGUGGACUGGAGAAGAGGAUGUGGAGAGCGCAUGAGGAGAUGGAUGCUUUCUUCCAGGGUUUGAUAGACGAGCAUCGACGGGAACGAAGGGAGGAUGACGAUGUCGCGUCGAUGACUACAAGGAAGACGAUGAUCGAUACUAUGUUGUCGUUGCAGGAAUCUGAACCUGAGACCUACUCCAAUGAUAUCAUCAAAGGACAAGUCAUGUCAUUGAUACUUGCAGGCACAGACACUUCAACGGCGACAGUGGAAUGGGCCAUGUCACUCUUGCUUAAUCAUCCAGAGAUACUUGAUAAGGCAAGGGCAGAGAUUGACAAUGUAAUCGGCAACAGUAGGCUAGUACAUGAAGAUGAUUAUACUAACCUUCCAUACCUCCAAGGCAUCAUUAACGAAGCAUUACGUCUCUAUCCGGUAGGACCACUUCUGAUUCCACACCAAUCAUCGGAGGAAUGUACCAUUGGAGGCUAUUCCAUAGCAAAGGAAACGAUGUUAUUUGUCAAUGCAUGGACUAUACAUAGGGAUCCCACAAUUUGGGAAGAUCCAACAAGAUUCUGGCCGGAGAGACAUUUAGAAGCAGAGUUGGAUAGUUAUAAAUUGCUACCAUUUGGUGUGGGACGAAGGUCGUGCCCUGGUUCCGGCCUUGCGAAUCGUGUGGUAAGUGUGACGUUGGGGGCUUUAAUACAAUGCUUCGAAUGGGAAAGGGUCGGUGUGGCACUACUAGACAUGACAGAAGGACCAGGACUCACCAUGCCUAAACUUGAGCCAAUGCAAGCAUUUUGUAAACCGAGAGAGCUUAUGAAGGAUGUUUUCAACACUAUACAAGGUGGCAUAUAG